AUGGCUUCCUUUGACCGCUCCGCAAUCCUGGAGAUCGAGGAGACGACGCGCGACCACAACCGCCACGACCGGAGCGACGUCAUGCACGAGGUCUACUCCGCGACGGCCGAGGAGCUCGUCGACGCCAACGGCGUCGAGAUCCGCGCCCUGAGCCGCCUGGGCGAGGCGCCCGCCGCCGACGGGUCCGCCGUCGCCGUCUGCGCGCUGCGGUGCGGCGAGGCGGUCUGGGAGGCGUACCGCGAGCGCGCGUGCGACGAGCGCGCGCUCGCGCUCUGCCGCCGGCUCACGCUCUCCGCGGGCGCGCGCGCGCGCGCGUCGCCGGGCGUCUUCGGCUGGGCCAUGGCCCGCGACGAGCGCUUCGUCGGCGCGGCGCUCCUGGGGCCCGGCGACGAGGCCGCGUGCGUCGUCGCCGAGUACGCGGGCUUCGAGUCGGACUUUGGCGCGGGCGCCGCGGCGCAGAAGCUCGCGCACGGCAUCUGGGAGAAGACGAUGAAGCGCGCGCGCCAGGCCGUGUCCGCGGACGCCAAGGCGAGCCGCGUUUUCGGCGACGCCGUGGGCCGCGAGCUCCAGCGGCUCUCGGACACGGCCGGCGCCGCGCUCGACGACGGCGACGCGUCCGCGGGCCCCUGGUGCGGCGGCUGCGGCGUCGAGCUCGGGGCCGGCCCGCCGAACUGGGUCCGCGUCUGCGGCGGGCGGGGCUGCGGCGCCCUCGUCUGCGAGGGCUGCUGCGACCAGGGCGGCUUCUUCCGCAAGGCGGCCGAGGCCAAGGCGCGGUGCCAGGGCUGCCGGGGCCGCGCGGCCGCGCGGCGCGAGAUCCUCGACGGCUGGGCGUCCGCGGACUCGCGGCGCGUCGCGCUCACGCGCCUCGGCCGCGCCUUCGCGUCCGUGGACGCCGCCGGCGCGGGCCGGGUCGGCCGCCACCUCUUCGGCAAGCUCCUGCUCCGGUCGCGGGACAAGUGGGGCGACGGCGACGGCGACGACGACGACCCGGCGCUCGGCGACGCCUUCGCGGCCGCGGACCGCGACGGCGACGGCUUCGUGGAUCUGCAGGACGUCGUCGAGUGGCUCUCCUCCGCGGCCCAGUCCCAGGAGAAGAAGAACGACCGCGCGACGCUCGCGCUCGCGAAGCGGCGCAGCGACGAUUCCUCCGCGUCCGGCGUCGAGGACGACCGCGGCGCCUUCGCGGCCUGGCCGCUCUCGGAGGCGUCCGCCACGGUCGGCGCGGUGGAGACGUUCCUGCUGAAGCUCGCCAAGGGGCGCCUCGCGUUCCACGAGGCGCGGGACCGCGACCCCGUGCGCGUGCUCGUGCUCCACCCGGCCGUCGUCGACGUCGCGCGCGUCGACGAGAAGGCCGUGAAGCUCGAGCUGACGCUCGAGGAGCAGACGGAGACGCUGACCGUGGCCUUUGGCACCGAGGACGCCUGCGGCGAGUGGUGGGCGGCGGUCUCCGAGACGCUCGCGAUCCACCGCCGCCUCCGGAGCCCGAAGCCGGCCGCCGCGGACGUGCCCGUCGUGCUCUUCGACGAGGAGCCCAAGACGCCCGCGGCCGGGUCCAAGAAGCACCGGCGCCGGUCCGUGCGCUUCUCCGACGCCGACGAGGUCGAGGUUUCACGCGGCUUCGCCUUCGACCGCGUCGUCAAGCAGGACGGCUCCGUCAAGUGGGAGGUGUCGACGCCGCGGCGCGCAAAGUCCGCGUGGCGCACCGUCGUCCGCCUCGUGAUCCGACCGCCGCGCGCGUCCUACGACGUCGGCGAGCUCGGCCCGCUGAGCUUCGAGAUCCCGAGCCUGCGCGACGCCCAGAAGAAGCUCGCCUGCGUGCGGAGCGACUUCACGGUGGUGAACGACGACGGCCUGAAGCUCGCGUGCUCGCUCUGGAGCCGCGUGCUCGACGCCGACGACUUCGACGACCGCGCCACGUGGCGGCGGCCGGGCAGGGCGUCGACGGAGAAGCGGCCCAAAGCCUUCGAGAAGCCCUGCGUGCUCUACCUCCACGGCAACGCGUCCUGCCGCUUGGAAUGCCUGCCGCACGUCGCGCCGCUGCUGAUGCUCGGCUUGCGGGUCUGCGCGGUCGACACGUCGGGCUCGGGCCUCUCCGAGGGCGAGUUCGUGACGUUGGGCGAGCGCGAGGCGAAGGACGCCGCCUGCGUCGCGGCGCACCUCGUCGCGGCCAAACGGGCGUCGGUCGUCGCGCUCUACGGGCGCAGCAUGGGCGGCGUCGCGGCGAUCCUGGGCGGCGCGCGCAAGGCCGCGUUCGGCGGCGCGCGGCGCGGCGUCGUCGCCUGCGUCGUCGCCGACUCGCCCUUCGCGUCGCUGGCGGGCCUCGUGGACCGGCUGGCGCGGAACGCGGCCUGCGGCGCGCUCGGGACCGCGCAGCCCGCGGAUUUAGCGGCGGACGGGAAACCGAUCGACGACGCGUUCAUCCGGGACGUCCGCGGCGGUUUGCGCGACGCGCCCCGGGCCAAGGCCGCCGGCUUCUUCGCCGGGCUGUCGGCGCGCGGCGCGCUCGCGGAGUCGGCGGCGAAGGCGGCCAUCGACGCGGUGACGGCGGAGGUGAAGAAGCGCGCGGCGCUCGACGUCGCGUCCGUCGACGCGUCGCUGGCCGUCGCCGCGCUCGACGCGCCGCUGUUGCUCGUCGCGGCCAACGGCGACCAGCUCAUCCCGCCGCGGCCCAACGCCGGCGCGCUGCUGAAGUUGUACGCGAACGCGAAGACGGGGCCGAAGAAGAGCCAGCGCCAGCGCGACGCGGAGCUGCUCCUCGUCAAGGGCGGCCACAACUCGCGGCGCCCCCACUCCUGCGCGCGCAAGACCUACGAGUUCCUCGCCAAGCACCUGUCGGCCCCGGGCACCGACGACGCGGAGCUCGACGCGGCCGCGGCGAAGCUCGACGCGUACCGGCCGAAGAUCGCGGGCGGCCACGCGCCCUGGACCUACUGCGCCCAGGCGCUCAAGGCGCCGACGAAGGACCGCGGCGGCGAGUUCCGCUCGGGCAUGACCGACGCGCGCGAGAAGGCCAUCGCCCGCGACAUCUCCAACAUCUUCUGCGGCUGA